CUCCUCUCUCUCUCUCUCUCUCUCUCUUUUGCUCAUCUCCUCCAUCGCCGACUCUCUCUUCCUUUGAGAGAACUCGUCGCCGACUCCUUUACUCUUCGCGACUUCGCUUCCCCCGAUUAGGGUAUUUGGGAUUUGUUCGUGUAGUUUUCCGAUCGAUUUAGCUGAGGAAGAGGAGGAAUCGGAGGGGGAGAGGAGGAGGUGGAACUCGAGGAAUUUGGAAGGAUUCGUAUUGAUUAAUGUAUUGGUCGAUCGAUUUUUGCUUCCGAGCUCGUAAUCCGAGUCCAAAUGUUUCGUAAGAACGACUCGUUUUCAUCCUGCUUCCACCUGUUCCUGCUCCGGCUCUUCGUUUUUGUAGUAGAGCUGAGGUCGAAACCCUAGCUCGCCGGGAACCCCUGACUCAGUGUCUCGGAGCAGCGGAGCCGGCUCCGAUCGGAUCUUAGUAAGCUGAGUUUUUGUUUGGAGUGAUCUUAUAAGGACGAGGAGGAUGAUGCUCGAUCUGAACAUGGCCGGCGAUCCCUCUGAUUUCGCGGAGAAGCCGCGGUCGAAGGGCUGCGGUAGUGAUUCCGCCACCUCCAACUCCUCGAUCCUCAAUGCCGAGGCCGGGGGUAAUCCUGCCGAUGAGGAUUCGAGCACCGCACGGCCGACGGCUGCUACGGCCUUGCAGUUCCGUAUACUGAGGAGCUCGGCGUCAGCCGAGCUCGAGAACGAGGCGGAGGACGAGAACUGCGGUUCUCCGGAGUCCGUCGUUGUGACCAAGCAGUUAUUUCCCCUCAGCGCGGUCUCGGAGUGGCCGCAGGCGCUGCAGACGGCUUCGUCGUCUAAUAGGUCGCAGUGGAUCGAUCUCCCGUUCUGCCACUCCGACGCCCAGACGGAGAUUAAGGUUUUUGCGCAGCAGCCGCAGCCGCAGCCGCAGCUGCAGCCGCCGCAGCAGCAGCAGCAGCAGGUGAAGAAGAGUAGGAGGGGGCCGCGGUCUCGGAGCUCUCAGUAUAGAGGGGUUACGUUCUACCGUAGAACUGGUAGAUGGGAGUCGCACAUAUGGGACUGCGGGAAACAAGUUUAUUUGGGAGGAUUCGACACUGCUCAUGCGGCUGCUAGAGCAUACGAUCGAGCUGCGAUCAAGUUUCGGGGCGUCGAUGCCGACAUCAAUUUCAACCUUAGUGACUAUGAGGAGGAUAUGAAGCAGAUGAGGAAUCUAACAAAGGAAGAGUUUGUGCACAUUCUGCGUCGGCAAAGCACCGGGUUCUCCAGAGGUAGCUCAAAAUAUAGAGGGGUUACGCUUCAUAAGUGCGGCCGCUGGGAAGCUCGUAUGGGACAGUUUCUGGGCAAGAAGUACAUAUAUCUUGGGCUAUUCGACAGCGAAAUAGAAGCUGCAAGGGCUUAUGACAAGGCAGCUAUAAAAUGUAAUGGGAGGGAGGCUGUAACCAAUUUUGAUCCUAACACCUACGAAGGCGAGCUACUUGCUGAUGUCGAUGUUGAAGGUCAGGAAGUUGAUUUGAGCUUGAGGAUAUCUCAACCUGUCAUCCAAAGUCCGAAGAGGGAUCAUGAAUCUGUUGGCAUCCAGUUCCAGUAUGGAUCGUUGGAAACAUCUGAAACCAAGAAAUCGAAGGUUGACAGCUCCUUCCAACAGGCUAGUCAGCCACACAACACAGUGAUGCUGCCUGAGCACCCUUAUUCCCGAACUGCACUAGGCCCUGCCAUCUUCACUGCUAGUGAGGAAAGAGCCAUAGAGAAGAGGCCAGAGGCGCCCGGCACGCAAUCUCUCCCCAUCUGGGCAAGGAUGACGCAUGGCCGUAAUACCAAUAUUGCUCCAUUACUGCCGCUGUUCUCGUCUGCAGCAUCAUCAGGAUUCUCGACACCUACCGUGACUGCCAUGCUCGCCACCCCGCGCUCUUCGAACGCACAUUUCCAUUUAAACCCUGCAUCUUCUUUGAAUUUCUUCAAGAGCUGAUUCUAAUGGAAAAGCCAAAAGAGGCACGCGUAAUGUGUAUACACACACCUUGAUGUUUAAGCCACUGUUUGUAUACUAUCACUACACACAAGCAUCAAACUCGAGAGCUUAAAAGAAGCUAAUCUUGGGUGAAUGGAAUAAUUCUUGGUAAAUUUUGGGUUCUGGAAACUCAGUACGUGCCAAGUUGAAUAUUUAAUAUAUGCGCCUUGUUUUUACCCUUUUUUUA